AACCAAUUUAUUAAUUACACAAUAGAAAGAAAAUCAUAUUAAUUGCAUCGUGCAUUUACUAAACAAGCUAUUUGCUACUGUUUAGAAUUACACUAUUCUACCAAAAAUGAUCACAACAGGUACUUAGUGCUUUUACAUACUUGUGGUAAGUUUUGAAUUACUAGUUUGACAUUUAUUGGCACACACUUGUCGAUAUACAGACUAAAUUUGCAUGGGAACUGUCAUAUUUUUUCAGCAUAAUUGCCUUAAAAUUGUUUAUAGAACAACCCUUUGACAUUGUUUGCACAUCUGAUCUUAUUAUACCAUAGCUGAUUUGUGUUUAUGGAUAGACAGACAUAUAGACUUUUCAAAGUCCUAUAAAAGUGCACACAUGUUCCAUCCUAGUAAACCAACAGAACCAAUAAAGAUCACCACAGAUAAUAACUGUGUAUAUAGCUUGGAAAUUUUGAUAGUCCAUGAAUCCCUCCUUUGUUGAUUUCUGUAAACCAAAACUGUCAGUUUUGCUGGAUAGAAUGGCUUGUGUGAUGCCCAGCUCUUGCCCUGGCAGAACAGCUUCUAAAAACGGAAAACCAACAAAUAUCUUAAAAUUUGAUCAAUAAUGCAGACAAUAUAUAAAUGUCUUGUUUUUUUGUUGAUUUCGAAUCUGGAAGAUUUUUUACGUACGAUUGUGGUACGAAAAUCCAACGGUAUCGGAUUUUGUGGUUUUAGGCCUAAACUUAUUAAAGAGAUAUGUAACCUUUCGGGAUAUCGGUUAAGUACGAGCAGACGAGGUGUAAAUACGUUAAAAAUUAAAGCUAAAAGACUAAAAAGUUAGAUCGGAAUAUCUUUAAAUUUUGUGAAUAAAUGUGUUUCUGAUGGAUAACAACGACAACUUACCAGAAUAUUGCUCAUGAUCACACGUAAAACUUCUUUCUGAGAGCGAAUGGAAAAUGCGUCACGAAUUCUGCCAAAUAAACAGUAGGGUGUCGUUAUUGUAAUACCGCGAGAAUACUGGAAGAAUAGAGAUGCCAACUAUGUUUAAAACAAAUAUUUUUUUAACAAGCGUUUGUGAUUUGUCAGGAUAAUAAUAACAAUAAGAUAUCGAAAAGAUCAAAGCAAAUAAAUUCGACAGAACUCUGAGAUUCUGCAAUAUAUUUAAGACGGGUUAUGUUCACGUAAAUUGUGUUUGGUAAAGACUGUCACUAUAUAUAGUGAACCAGUCUUCGGCUUAUACCCACUGAAGAUGAGUAUUCAGGGGAGAUAAUUGAGUAAUGACUUUAUUCUGGAACGGUUGCGAAGAAAAACAAAUAAUGCGAGAAUAUUUAGUGCGAUUCGCUACACAAUUAUAAGGUCAUUGAUAUAAUUUUUCCUGAGGUAUGUAUUUACAUGUGAUUUAGGAUAUGUCAAAGUGUUUUUGAUUUGUUCAAGGUCAUAAAUAGCAUCGCGAAAAUAUAUGUCGCGUGGCAAAUGUUUUUGAGACGCAUCCCUCAGACCCUAUGUGGUAUUCUUAUGUAAUUUUAUGUCUAAAUUCCCAUAUGUAUGAACGGUCAACGCCCGCUUCGCGGGCUUUUGCCCGUUUGACAUGAUAUGACCUCUCGUGCUAGAUCCUAUAUAUAUGUAAUCAUAAUUAAGCUAUGCAGACACAAAUGCAGCCAAAUAGGAGUUAUAUUGUCAGCAUACAAAUAUGAAGUAUCCGUUGCUGUAUAAAAGGCAUGUCUCGAUAAGUGUAUAAAAUAUGAUCAUAAAGUUAUAUGAUGCAACUGUUUGCGCAGAUUCAUGUAAACAUUUGACAUAUGUAAUUGCACUUUAAUUCUCACGAAUAUAUAUUUAUUAAAAAAUAUAUUGUAUUAAAAUAUCUAGCGAAAGUAUUUCUUAAAAUGUUAACCGUAACAAAUCAAACAAUAUUACCUUAAUAAUGUAUCUUAUUAAUCUGUUUCAGACUAACAAAUGAGAUGACUGCCGAUAUGGAUACCAGUACAAUGAGGGUAAUAAGCAUCUCUCAUCAGUUGGAAAAUGAUACAAACCUCACGAAUCCCAACGGCACGAUUACCGGAUGUCAAAACAGCGUGCACGACAUAGAACUCGACAAAACCUACAGACUUUUGAUUCUAUACUUGACCGUAUGUCUCUGUAUUUUCGGAAGCAUUCUUGUCCUUCUGUGGAUGAUUCUGAAUAAACGCGUUUCCACCAACUACAAGAUCAAUCGACAUUCUCGCGUGAACAUUUUCAUACUUAACCUUAUCGUAGCGGAUGUUUUGGUCAUCCUUCUAGCAGUUACCCCGCAAAUUGUCUGGGAAUACUCGGAUCGGCAGUGGACAGCCGGGGACUGCCUGUGUCGCGUUCUAAAGUUCCUUCAGACAUUCUCCAUGACAGCAAGUAAUUACAUGCUUGUCGUCAUAGCAAUAGACCGCCAUCAAGCCAUUAGGGCGCCGCUUAAGGAGUCAUUUUCUUGUCGCCGUCGCUAUAUAUGGAAAAUGGUGGGAUUGGGAUGGUCGAUAGCAGCUUUCGUGUCCCUCCCGGUCGCAGGAAUAUUUCACACAAACGCCGACCCGGAUGGCGGUGUCAGAUGUGAAAAUAUAUUUCGAUACAGACCACUGUGGCAUCGUCAGAUCUGGAUAUGUUGGGUCACAUUCUCGGUGUUUCUACUUCCAGUUUUGAUCCUUUUUAUCUCAUACAUUCGCAUUGUCCAGGAGAUAUCUAAAAAGGCAUUCCAAAGCAACAGUUUGAAGUAUAAGCCAAGAAAAGGCGAGUUUUGUUUACAGAGUACGCCCUCAAGUUCAUUACCUCGGGCGAAGUCUAAAACAUUAAAGAUGACGUGUGUAAUAAUAUUGUCUUUUAUUAUUUGUACGACGCCUUAUUUUAUCAUAGAAAACCUUUUGUCAUUUGGAAUGCACUGCGUUAUUUCGAAAAAAGUGUAUGCUCUUCUGGCUGGAAUGGCCGCAUGCAAUUCUGCGACGAAUCCGUAUGUGUUUCUUGCCUUUAACGUCAAUAUAGGCUGGUUCAAACGACUGAAAAACUGUUACUUAUAUAACCGCCGAACAAGCAGAGGGUGUUACGAUUACCAGAAUGGUUCCUCUAAUGUCCAUUCACAUCACGGAGCAAGACACAGCACAACUAUGGCAUUUUUGCGACAAGACACGAACGACUCCAAUCACGAGGCGGACAAAGAACUUUGGACGAAACAAUGGGCAGUGUCGAGCGCAAUUACGUGCGGUAAAAAUAUAAGUAUCUCAAUGUAAAGGAGCAAUCCAUCAAACGACGGAGAGGGAACAAUCAAUUCAACAAUUCUCAAGAAAAUCAUACAUAACGUUUGUAUGAACAUUAAUAUGUAGACUAUAUAUUCUCUAAAGUAGCGAUAAAAAUGGCACUUUAUAUUGAAAGCGAAUAUAGGUCCUUAUUAUAUAGACGAAUACUAUGAAAAAAUCAAACACUAAACAAUCACAACUGUUUAUUCCUUUUUUCAGUGGUAAAAUAGCAGUAAUUAGAAAGCAACAAAACUGUGUUUCAAAAAUAGGACAUAGGAUAAUUGACUUAAUUGUCAACCGUGAUGACAAUCUCCACGCAGAGUUGUCGUUCCUUGCCCUCACAUACACCUCUGCGAAAUGCUCAGCAUGCCAUAUUGCCCAGAAACUGAGCAAAACCGAACAAACGCAUUCAAAGUAUAUUUGAUUUGGAUUUUUAAGGAUCAGAGGCGUAAAAUAAUGAAAUAGGAAUUCAACAUUUAUGAUACAUCGUGCAAAAACUUGCGAGUUUUAAUGAAAUUCUUUGGAACUAUCUUAUUGCCCAUUUACACAGAUAGAAUCAUUCCACGCACUUCACAAAUGUAAACAAGUGAAUAUAAUGUUUAUUGAAUGACGUUAGGCAUUGCUUCGACGUAUGUAUGUAAAUAGGUUUGUUAACAUCAAAAAGCCAUAUCCAUUUUAUAAUAAUGAAUUAAGACUGAUAUAAGAUAAUAUGGUAUGUGAUGGUUUUCUUUAAUGCAGUGAAUGUAAUGUUACCGUCGUUCAAGAGAUUGUUUAGUAAACUGUAACCUCCAUGAUGAACGCUUGUAAUGAUCAUGCCAUAAAUGAGACGCUUUCAUAAACAAUAGUCCGUUCAAUCUCCACGCAGAGUUGUCGUUGCUUGCUCUCACAUACACCUCUGCGAAAGGCUAAGCAUGCCAUAUUGCCCAGAAACUGGGCAAAACCGAACAAACGCAUUCAAAGUAUAUUUGAUUUGGAUUUUUUAGGAUCAGAGGCGUUAAAUAAUGAAAUCGGAAUUUUAAAUUUACGAUACAUCGUGCAAAAACUUGCGAGUUUUAAUGCAACUCUUUGGAACUAUGUUAUUGCCCAUUUACGCAGAUGGAAUCAUUCCACGCACUUCACAAAAGUAAACAAUUGAACAUAAUUUUAUUGAGUGACGUUAGGCAUUGCUUCGACGUAUGCAUGUAUGUAGGUUUGUUAACAUCAAAAAACCAAAUAAAUUGUAUAUUAAUGAAUUAAGACUGAUAUAAGAUAAUAUGGUAUGAGAUGGUUUUCUUUAAAGCAGUGAAUGUAAUGUAACUGUCAUGCAAGAGAUUGUUUAGUAUACUGUAACCUCCAUGAUGAACGCUUAGAUUGAUCAUGACAUGAAUGAGACGCUUUCAUAAAAAUAGUCCGUUCUGAGCCCAGAGGUGAAUGUAAUGUAACUGUCGUGCAAGAGAUUGUAGUUCGUUCUGAGCCCAUCACAGAGGUGAAUGUAAUGUAACUGUCGUGCAAGAGAUUACCGUGAUGACAGAAGAUCAAUAUUGUCCCUCUUGCCUGCGCCAUUUAUGAACAUAGUAUUUUUAAGCCGUGAACUCAAAGCAAUAAUCUACCGAAAUGAACACAUACUCUUUAUUUUUUUUUCAGGGAAGUACCAAUUAUUUAAAGUGACAAUUUAUUGUAACAGGCCAAAUAUUCGAUAAUGUCUACUGUUUUACUGUAAAAGGACGUUUUUGGACUAAAUGCAGAUUUGAUGGAUAGAGAUUAUUAACAUGUGAAUGUUUACAUUUCUAGAAGAACCUAUGCAAAAACGUCAAUAUUAAACCAUAGCUAACACAUAUCCUCUAUUAACUAAAUACAUAACAUCGUUAUAAGUUUGGUAAUUAUAAUUAGCAACUCAAUACAGCCAAAAGGCAGUUUCUUAUUGAAACUUGUUAAUUCUGUCUUAUUUAGAUACAUAGUCCGGGUGCACUAUUGAACAUGUUAAUACGAGUUUAAAAAAUCAAAAUUGAUAUAAAGUCAUUUCACAUUAAUUUGGUAAAAACUUGUAGAGCAUUGUCCUUUUGUUGUAAAGAAAAAAUGUCAAUUAUGUUUUAGUUUGUUGUUUAUGUAUCGCAUUGUUGUAUUAAGUAACGGAUCACAAUUAUCAAUUCUAAAUAUCACACUUGUUGACUUUUUUAUUUAAAGCAUAGUUUUACUCAAAAUAUGUUUGUGCUAUUAUUCUAGUUUUUAGUACCUACAGUUUACGUAAACUAUGCUGUGUACAAGUCAUGUUUAUUCCUUAUCAGUUUGAAAGAACGCGAUAAUUGAAAUGAUACUCUAUGGAUUAAUUCUGUCGACCAAGUACGUAAAGUAAAAGGGGUGGGUUUGUAUUUUGUGAUUAACAAGAGGAGUUGAAGUUAGUUGCUAUUGAUUAAUUUUAAUGCUAACUUUGACCUUAAUGUUUUGAAGUGUCACAAGUUUAUAUUCGAUAUAGACAAAUGUUAUCAUGUAAAGGACCACAUGCAUCCUAUAAUCACGGGCUUAAGUAUAUAUUUGCAGCAAGCAAGUUUUGAUUUUCAAGAUUGUAAACACCAUUAUUUGACUGGAAAGUAUGUAUUGUGCAA